GAAUAACAACCUAGUGUAAUACAAAUGAUGGCAUUAAUUUCACUAUUAACAUUUUAGAAACAUUUGGAUGCUUUUGCUAGUGCGUUUGGAUUCUUCUUCAUCGGGUUUGAUCUAAUAUCUCACUAUUCAUCUCCUCAAGAUAUGAAACCUCAGUUCUUUGAGAUAUCGGAUGCUGUCCUCUGGUUCUUUAAGUUUACAUUUGCUAGUAAUGCAGCCACUAUCAUUGGGGGCUGUCUAGUAACAAAUCGUUACAAGUUACGCCUGCCUGCUGCCUUUAUCAGUGCCUUUGUCAUUAGUGGCAUUGUUCAUCCUGUUGUUGCCCGUGUCAUAUGGUCGGACUAUCAGUCUUCUCUCUCUCCGUAUCGUUUUUGCAAUGAGAGCAAUGUGUCCCAGUCUUACAACUGUGAAGCUGAGAUGAGUCUACACAAAAGGCUUUAUAUCUUAGACUUUGCUGGUGGAGGAGCUGUACAUCUCUUAGGAGGCGUUGCUGGACUUCUGUUGUGUCUCCUAGCAAAAUUGAAUAAGUAUAUGGAUGACAAGGCUCAGUCAAACAGACCGCCUGGCGAACAGUCUAUUGUGGUUAGAGAAGAGCGCGAAGUUGUAAAGCCAGAAGGCUUUUGGGAUUGGAUGUAUCCAGUUCACGGAGGAGGAGAGAGUACCAACGAAGCUGCACUUGGUGUCUUUAUACUGUGGUUCUGCUGGUUUGCUUUUAACUGCGGCUCAACUGAAAGCAUUGAGUCUCAUGAAUACACUCCUUAUCCUUACCAUGCAAUGCCUUCUAUCAUUGCUGUCAACAUGAUAAUGGCUGCUGCUUCCGGUGGGAUUCUUGCAGUCAUGAUAGCAUCCUGGGCUCAGAUUCGUUCUCAGUCUGAGUCAAUGAAUGCAAAUGAGAUUGCUAAUGGCGUACUCUCUGCUCUGGUGGCCAUCACCUCUUCCUGUCCAUUUGUAGAGUACUGGGGAGCUUGUCUGAUUGGAGCCAUUGCUGUCAUAAUCUAUCAUGUUGGUUGCUGGUUGGAGUAUAAAUUGAAGAUUGAAGACACAGCUAGAGUUGUACCUGUUCAUGGCUUCUGUGGUCUCUGGAGCAUGUUAGCCGUCGCAUUGUUUGUGGUGACAAAAAAGUCACUUUGUAAUCUUCAUGCAACAUUUGAGGGUCUUUGCUACUGUAGCAUAAGAUUACCACCUCUGAACUUUGGUGAACGGCUUGCUGCUCAGUUAUUGGGUGCAACACUCAUGAUAGGUUUCACUGUGGCCAUAUGUGGGUUUAUGUAUGGGCUACUCUUCUUGAUACCAAUACCUAAAGUAAUACCAUCUCACUCUACCAGCAAGUAUGGAAAAUGCUGGAACUCUUGUCUGUUCUGGGUUUUUAAUAAGGUUUUUGGGCACAGUAACAUCAAACUUGAGGGGAAUCUCCUAUUUACUGGUCCAGGGGAGAUCCCAGAUCCCACAGCUCGCAUGAUGGGGAACCUAGCUCAAAGAGACAGCGAGAAUGUGCAUUUAUAUACGAGCUUAGAAAAAAAUGGAAGAGAAGGGAAUGGAGAUAAAAGGGAAGGAAAUGGAGGAACAGCAAAUUAUGGUACUGUGAAGGAGACGCUUGGUACAGUUGGAACACACAAUGAAUCGUACCGUCGUCCAGUGUCUCCAAUAACUGGAUCCUCUAGAAGCAGAGGGACUAAUGGCUCUGAUGAAUUGAUCUUAUAGAGUGUUAAGAUCGUGGAACAUUGUACUCUAAUGCUGUCAUUUGAGUGUGUGAUAUUAAUUAAUAAUAAUGACAUGCUUUAGCCUUCCUUACAUAUUAUAAUCUAUGCAAGCCAGAGCAUUAUUGCA